UCGAAUCGGUAGUGUUGUCCCGCGCAGCACGACGCGAAAACUUUGUGAUGUAACUAGUGCAGUGCUCAGACAAUAGCUGUGUUUACCUUCACCACGAUUGUUAACCCCCAUUUUAUCAGUGAAUUUUCUUUUGUGAAACCUCCUUUUUUAAUCAAGUGCAUUGAAUUAACGUUCGUGGAAUGGAAAUUGAAUUUUGCAUUUAUUCGAAAUUUGGAACUUAAUUUAUUGUGGUUUUAAAAAAUUAUUGAAGAUUUGAGUUUUGUUUUAUGGAUUGGCAAGAAGUUUAAUUUUAAAUUUAUCAAACGCUAGAACAAAGAACCAGAAAUUAAAUGUGUUGGUGAUAUUAAAGAAUUUAACAUAACUGUUUUAAUUAUCAGAAUACUUUAACAACAAUAUUGUUUUAAAAACAAGAGUGAUAUAAACAGUGCAAUAAAAACAAAAGUUUAUUUAAAAAACUGUGCAAUCAGUAAUGCGUCCAACGGCCAAGUGCAAGAAGUUCAAAUUUAAAUAACAAACCAAACGCAAAAAAAUGACAAACCAUGGCCUUGCAUGACACAAACAUGGAUUCAAGUUUUCUCCCUGCUGAACCACCUCCAGGGGACGACUAUCAACCGAAAACGGACCUGGCUACGGAAUACUUCAACACGUUUAACCAGAUAUGCGAAAAUUACCGCGAAGAACCGUUAAGGUCGACGUCGGAUAGUCUCCGUCUGACCACGGAGAUACUGGACAGUGUUAGGGAGUACGAUAAAGUGCCAGAGUACGUAACAACAGACUUUAGUGAACGGUUCUUGAGGGAAGAACAAGUGUUUCAAUUUGGACAACCUGACGCAUCAGCUUUAUUACGGCAUCGGGCGAGGAGAAGAUUCAACGAGGAACACGGUCUGCCUGCUGUCACAAGUCAAGAGAGCGGGUAUGGCAGUGAUGAAUUCGGGCACGAUUCACCCUCGCGCUACGCGUCGCCCAAGAGCGCAGGCCCGGCGCAGUACCAAGAGCCGUACUACGCAGGCGAGUGGGGCGCGCAGUACUACCAGCCGCCCGCCGCGCCUGCGCCCGCGCCUCCCUAUCAACACGACCCUUACGCUUCACCAGGUGAGAUGUUAAGAAAAGUUGAGAAAUUACUGUUGGUACAGUUCAGGGUUGCAGCGAAUAUUAGCAUCGGAUAAUCUGCACAAAUUAUAAUAUCCACAUCCGCAUCAGGCCC